UUUCUGGACAACUCUGUUCUCGGCUUUAGGGAAAAUCAUUUGCACCUGAGCAUCCUGGCUAGACAUCCGAGGAGCCCUGUCUCUAGAAAACAACGUUUGAUGGUCCUGAUGGUUUUGAUAAUGUCAGCCAUGUUGGCUAGCAUUAUGUUCUUCAAAGUUACGGAUAAAUUUGCUGAAAACGUUGAUGAGUACCACUACAGCUUUGGUCAAAGAGAGCUCAUGAUAAGUAUUCAAUCGUUUGUGAUCUCCACAGUCUUUGCCUUUAUUGCAAUGUUUCUUUUUAGGAAAGGAUAUAAGCAAAGAGACUAUCAAAACAACAAACGUAGUACAUUGUAUAUGCCAAGGAAACGAUCGUCAAUAACGGACAAGUAUUGGUUUUCUGAUAAACCAGCGUUUGUGGACUUGUCUACUUUCAUAGCUUACGAUGAGAAGCCAACAAAAAAACGCAAAGAUAUGACUAUGUAUGAAUCAUUCAUCGCAGCCAUCAGAAACUGUGUUCAUCACAAGACUCUUCGCCCUGUUCAUUUAGCUACUGAAGGCUCGGAAAUAAAAGUGAACAAAGGAUGGUUGAUAGCGGCAUGGGUAUUUUCAAUUCUAGUGAUUAUUAUAUGUGCAUAUCUUGUUAUGCUAUACAGUCUUAAGUUUGGGAAAGUAAAAAGCUUAAAAUGGUUAAGCAGCCUGGUGGCAGCACAAGCUCAAGAUAUUUUCAUCUUUUCUCCGCUGAAAAUACUGAUACUUGCCUUAUUAUUAUCAGCUGCAUUUGAGAGAACAACUGACAUUUCUGCGUUCAAACUUGAUGUCAACAAGGCAGUUAAAUGUGACCUCGUUGGAGAUAAAAAAUACUUGGAUAAUUUAAUAGAGUACCGAACAAAGAGUAUAUACUACCCCAUGACAGAUGAAGUUAAAGCUAAAAAAAGAAGAAAGGCCAUGAGGAAAAUGAAGUGGAGAAUCAUUUUAGAUUUUCUCGCCGUGCUGGCGUUUAUAUUGAUUCUGUGCUACAUUAUGAAAAUUCUGUGGAGCGGAGCACACUUCCAUCCUAACUCUCAUGCUGCCGAGAUGAUGAUGACCAAAUAUAAUGGCCGAUUUGUCGCACUGCAGGAUGUUUACAAUCGGACACAAUUCUUUACCUACCUACAGAACACUUUUGUGCGGUCCUUGUUUGUUUUUAGAUGGUUUAAUGAUUUGAAUUUCCAAACACUAAGUCCUCCAGACGCUCCUGAAAGAAAAGACUGGACAAAGGAUUUUGUAUCCAAAAUGGUGGGAGCUCCACGACUAAGGCAGUUACGAAUUGUUGCCAGUUCCUGCGCAGUACAUCACGUUAUGGUAGUCGCUGUGCAGGAUUGCAUCCGACCGUGGAGUGAGGGCUACAUGGACACUGACACUUACGGUGUCCAAUGGAAGAAGGCGGACUUUGACGACGAGAUUGCGUAUGCUUGGGGUUACCGGACCUACUGGAUGUAUCAGGAGCCCAAGAACACCUCUGUGUUUCCAUUAUCUGGGAAAUCGGGAGUUGUCUAUCCCUCCGGAGGGUACAUUCUACCUCUUGACGUCAAGAGAGAUCAGAGUAAAUCGUACGCAAUCCAAGUGGAGCAGGAACAUUGGGUCGAUCAUCGUACAAGAGCCGUGUUUCUUGAGCUGACGCUGUACAAUGUAAACAACAACUUGUUCAGUCAAGUUACGGCGAUCAUAGAACACAUGACCUCUGGGCUCUUCAUGACGCUUGCAAACGCCAUCACAGAGGCAUAG